AUGGCUGAUUUACAAUGGGAUAUUCCUUUACCACCUCCACCCGUUUGGAACAAUUCGGAUGCACCUCCAAUACCAACUGUUUGGAAUUCAAUAUCCAGUGAAUUGAUUCCAUUGACUCCACCUCUCACUCAUGAUAUGUUAUCGGAUGGCGAAGAUGAAGAAGAAGCUGCGAUAGUGAUUCAAAAAAAAUAUUACAGAGGAUACAGAGCAAGAAAACUAUAUAAGAUUCUUUUGGAACAAACCAGAUGGAUGAGAGAUAUUCCACCACCUUCAGCACCAAAACCACAAAUUAUUACAAGAGCAAAAGGUAUUGGAGGUAGAAAGAGACCAACAAGAGGAGUAAAAGUUCAAACAAAAGAAGUAAUUGAAACAACUCCAAUUUCCAAUGAUGAAAAUGGUGAGAAUGGCGAGAAUGGUGAGAAUGGUGAUCAGACAGCAACUCCUCAACAACCAAAACUGGUUAAUAAUGGAAUGGGAAUGAUGAUUCCAAAGUUUGAUCCAUCAGCUAUCGCAUUGAAAUCCAGAGGUCCUGGAAUGUUGACAAAGGAUCGUCCAGUCAGUGUUUCAAAUCCAGAGAUGUUGUUCAGGCUCAAGAAAACAACACAGACCAACAGCUCUACAGAUGAAGCGGCAGCAUCCGCUCCUUCUAACACCGCGGAAAUCAAUUUCCUCAGUGGACUGAGAAAAGUUGCUGCUGCACCCAAAGAACAAACCAACAAUGUAUCAAAUCAACAACCACCACUAUCGUUCUCACCAAUGCAUUUGAGAAAGACAAACAACCAAAUCUCUCAUUCCACCGGAGAUCUACCUAAGCGAAUGAGUUUAGAUUUUUCAAGUUUACCACUUCCACCUCCACCUUCGCCAGGACAGUUUCCACCACCUCCAGCUGCUGCUGCUGCUAUCUCUUCAUUCCCUCCACUUCCACCUUUUACACCAACACAACUUCCACCACCGCCCUCGCCAGGUCAACUUCCACCACUUCCAAACAAUGCUCCAUUAAGCAAACCAUCGAUUCCGCCAAGACUACCAAACAACAGAAACUCAUUGGAUUUACCUCCACCUCCAACAACUUUUACUCAAUCGAAACCACCACCAUCCAUUCCAAAUAGAAAUAGUGUCAAAUUAGAUUUUCCACCACCACAACAACAACAGAAUCCAACUUUUAUACAGAGUCAAAUACCAAAGAAACAAACAAGCAAUGGAUUUACAACAGGUUCACAUCGUGCUUCACUACAGCAAGCUCUCAGUCCAGAUGUUCUGAAUCUUCCACCUCCACCUACAAAUGUUUCACCUUUGAAACCUCAACAAUUGAAACCAGGUUGGAAGGAAUACACUACAACCGAGGGAAAGAAAUACUAUCAUCACCAACUCACCAAUAUCACCACAUGGAAUCCAGAUGAUGCAAUGACUCCAUUCCCAUUACCAACUUAUACCAGCGCACCUUUAUUACCAAUACCACAGAAUCAACCACAACAAACACAAGCACCAAUAUCAGUAUCAUUAUCAGUAUCUUCAGCAGCAAUACCACCACCCAUUCCAACACCUAUCAAUGAACAAUGGUUUGAACACAUCACAGCCGACGGAAAGAGAUACUAUCAUGAGAAGAUUUCAAACAUUACAACUUGGUCCAAACCAGCAAAUGUUAGCAUUCAAACAAUUGAUGAAAAACAACAAAACAACCAACAGCAUCAUCAACAACAACAACAACAACAACACUCACCAGGCAAAUCAUCAACACAAUCAAAUCAUCACUCCAAAGACAGCCAUGUACAAUCAAUGUCAAAAGAUGAAAAGAAACAAGUUGGUGGAAUUCUUGGAAAAUUCCUAAAGAAGAGACCAUCGAAACAAGAAUUGGAAGCAAAGAAUAUUUUACAAUCAGAGAAAGCAUCAUCCAAAAGAAAAUAA